CUCGAUCUCGCAUGCUCAUGGUCAACGCGAUGUCAGCACCUCGUUGCGUCUUGGCUUUCAGACUGGGGUACCUCUGCCCCAGCCCAGGUGAACUCCGCCUCCUGCUUUCCCCCCCGGAUUUCGUAUUGGACGCUAUCCACGGACCCGGAGUCUGCAUCAUCAAUCGAUGGUAAUAUUCGGACAUGAAGCGUGAAGCGGGUACAGGUCGGCACCUUCCGUCCGGAUCCAUCAAGAGGCACUGAGUUGGGACAUGCCAUCGCGUUCGCGUUUCGUGGCACGGACAUGAACAUAUUGAUCUGCUCAUGUAGGAACACUGUCCAGGCCCUGUCUCUCCCCCUGAAGCUCGGAGCAUCGUUCUGGAUUGCCAUCACCGUGAAUGGGCAUUCGAUUGCCAUGGGUCUUGCCCCAAAUCGCGAUCUGUCCGGGGUUCGGGGAGAAAUACGCCUUCACCCGCGGUCCCGAGUGGCGCUUUCACGCAACUCUCAAUCCUGUCUCCGGCGGCUCGGCGGUCACGACAUUUCGCGAUGCAGCCGCUCAACCUCCCCUUCCAGCCGUGUUGCAGUCCUGAUGGUGGUCCCCGCGAUGCAGGAAAGGGGGCGCGUGAAAGGGGGCGCGUGCGGCGCGCGGCGUCUCGUUAGUGAUGUCGAUACGCCAGUAGAUCAGAAAGUGGCGUGAUGAACGCUGGGUCUCUCGACCUUUUCAGCUCGACACGGACUGCCGUGAUCCACUGCAUGCUAAGCCGGAGGCGACGAAACUAUCUCUGGCAUUCACUCACCGAGUGUGGGAUUCAACACGAAGUACUAGACGAACG